AUUUACAAACUCCGCUGUGAGUACUUCAAGGGCUUCUGGAACAUCGUGGACAUACUGAUUUUCAAGUAUGUGAGCUUCAAUAAGACAAUGAACCAACUCAACCUCACUCUGGGACAGUGCGCAAAGGACAUUGCCGGUUUUGGCGUAAUGUUCUUCAUCGUCUUUUUUGCCUUUGCCCAACUGGGCUACCUCGCCUUCGGCACGCAGUCAGUAGCAGCCCAGCGAAAGAUUAAGUCAGACCUCGCGUGCAACCGAGAUCCCCACCAGCUCCUUGACCCAGUGAUCAACCUACCCCGACUCAAGUCAUUAACCCUGUUCCGCAUAAUACUCGGUGACUUCGACUUUCAAGCCCUACACGAAGCCAACAGGGUACUCGGCCCCCUCUACUUCCUCGUCUACAUCUUCUUCGUCUUCUUCGUCCUCAUCAACAUGUUCAUUGCCAUUAUCAAUGACACCUACCUGGACGUGAAGUCCAACCUCCUGAACCAGCCGAGUGAGGUGCAGAUGAAGACCUUCUUUAAAAAGCGUUUGAAGGAAAUUCGAACAAAGACGAAGCAGAAGAAGGCUCAACUACGCGAGAUUCAAAACGUCCUUGACGCCGUUGAUACCGAGGGACAGGAUAUGACCAUCGAGGACUUCAAGUCCGAAAUGAAGGACUCCGCAGGUGGUCUCACGCUGGAACAGGUAUUCAAGAAGGGUGACAUAAACGGUGACAUGAAGCUGAGCGCGGAGGAACGGUCGGCACUGAAGAAGACUUUGGAAAGCAAAAAGGUAAGUAACCAUUUCGCCUUGGCUACCGAACUCUACCAUCGUCUCGAUACCAGCAUGGUUUUGCACCGUUACUUUAUCUCUGCCGGUUAG